CGGAGUGUGCCGAGUCUCCCCGGUGCGCGCUCACGGGUGCGGAAUCAAAAGCCGCGCAAUUCUCUCCUAGUGCGGUUUCGCGCUCGGGACUGGCCGAGUGUGUUUUCUUCCCCGUGUCGCUCGCGGAUCUCCCCGAGGGGAGAAGAUCUGCCUCCGGUGUCAUAUCGAUGCUUCACAUUCGACGUGCAUCCGUGUAACGUGCAUUCCCCCGGUGCUUCAUUCCGAGACGACGAGUUGAUUGACGGAUCGCUGGCGGUCGAAUCGGCCAAAGGAAAAAUCGACGAGUGAAAUUCGAGUGGACGAUUUGUUUCCCCGGGCCAACCCGGGUCCAUAAAUCGUGCGAACCGCGGCGCCGGUAAUGGAUCUACUAACGGGAGCGGAGAGAUAAAAAUAGAAUUUCAGUGGGAAUCGAUUGCGCCGUGUAUACGGAGAUAAAUUUCUUUCUCUCUCGGUGGGAACCCCCUCGAGAGCGGGUCUCUCGGAUGCUUCGUCUGCGGAAAGCUAAUUAUUAUUGUGCGAAUGUGACGCGUAACGGUGACGGUGCGUGAGUUUGGCGCGCGCGCGUAUGGUGUGCCGGCGCCGGGCUGAUCGGCGCACUCGGCUGCGGAAUGCGAUCGUUCGUUUAAACUCACUUUUCGCGGACGGGAACGAUCGUCGUGGUGUGUGUGUAUGUGUGUGUGCAUAGUGCGUGUUCGAGCGAGCGCGCCUGGAAUGAUUCAUCAUCUCGGAAGUGUAUAUCGAUCGUGAUUCUUCCCUCGUUAUCGCUAUUUCUGGGAUCUAUAGCCGCCGUGUAUAGCACAGCUGCAAUAGAAAUAUAGAGAAGGUUAAAGAGAGAGAAGGAGAGAGAAGGGAAGAGAGAGUUUGUAUGAUUCAGCUAUAAUUGGCGGCGCAAUUUCGCCGUGAGGCGGCGGACUCGAUUACGCGAAGAUAAACCGAAUCUGCAGCUUCCCAUGAAAGCGGCGAGAACUCCGGCGACUCGAUCGAAGACAGAUGUUGGCUCUGUGCCGCGACAAUACAAAGCGUUAUCGGGAGGAGAGAGAAGAGCGAUGCGCUCUCCCCUGCUACGUUCGUCAACGAAGGAGAUAAUAUCGGCCAACAAAGAGCGGAGCCGCGAACGAAGACUACGACGUCGCGAGAUGUAACGAGAGCCGACGAACGGCGCGGCGCGAGCAUCAAAGCUAUAAUAACUCCGAAGUCGGUCGCCGAAAUUAAAUUCAUUCGUCGUUCCCCGUUGGACGCGUGCCGCAUAUCUCGGUCUCGGUCUUGUUCUCUCUCUCUCUCUCUCUCCCUUUUUCUUUCUCCUGGAAGCAGAGGCGGCCGUGCAUACCGUGUAUACCAUGCGACACACGCUCGCCGUGGAAUGAAAUUUCGACCUGACGAAGAGAGAGAGAGCCCUAACAGCCGAGAGAAUCCGAGAUGGCGAGCGAGGUGAUGCUGGCACCCACGCCCGCGACAUCGUCUAUACGGGAGAUGGACGACGUCAGGGAUAUGGUUAGAAGCGAGACCGUCAGCACGAUUUACGCCAAACAACGUGCCUCCGUGAAAUGGCUCCUGUCGAAGGCGUACAACAAUCGAGUGCCGGAGAAGCUCCGCGAGCCGUAUUAUCGUGAUCACGAGGAACAGGAACAUCUGAAGCCGCAGAUCGUCCAUGCGCUCUCCAACGCGGAGUUGUAUUGCCUCGCGUUGGCCAACAUAUAUUCGGAUCCGAACUAUCACAAUCAGAAUCACUGUGGGAUCCUGCAAGCUCUGGCCAGGAAAGGCGUCUACGUCGCGGAGCAGAACAAUACUCAGAUCACCGAAACGAUCCUCAUUCAGAAUUCACCACUCAAGAUGUCCGCGCAUAUGGCUGUGAUUGAAGGCCUGAUGGUCUUGUACGCGAAGGAGGUGGUGACGGGCGACCGGGUGGUCUCGGCGAUACGACGGUUUGAUCCGCAAGCCGUGGUGGAUGUGCCGUCGGACCACGAGAAAGGGCUCCUGCUGUGGAUCAAUCACGCGUCGCACGCGCUGAUCGCGAAGAUCCAGACCGAGGAGGGCGCCGGCGACAAGACGCGGCUGCCCGAGCUGCCUGCCGCCAAGGACUUCCAGUCUCUCUGCGAUGGCGUCGGUCUGGCUGCCGUCGUCGCUUUCUACUGUCCCGGCGAACUCAAUUGGAUGGAGAUCAGGGUAUCGAAGAGACCCUCGGUGGCGGACGCAUUGCACAAUCUCUCACUGGUGCACGCGUUCUGCGUCAAAUGCCUGCCCUAUUCGAUAUUCCACAUGCAGCCCGAGGAUGUCACGUACAUGAGAGGCUCCAUGAAGCAGAACCUGGUCGUCUUCUUGGCGGACAUGUACAACGUUCUGGAGAUUCAUCCGGCGAAAUGCGUGCGUUACCCCGGCGAGGAGCGAGCGAUGCAAUACUUAGAUGCCUGCCCGCGCAAUAGUCAUGGCGUAGCUCAUAAGAGAAGUCUGCCACAGUCUAUAGCUCCGAUACCUGAUCUGAGAAGCAACCUCUCCGUAUCCGCGCCAGGCUUCACAGUUGCCAAGUCGGCCUCGAGCGCCACCGUGAAGAAGUCGCAGUCCUUGCAGCAAACCGCCGAGAGUCACCCGUACGACGACAGGCGCGCAGGCAGCGAGGAGAGCUUCGUGGUGCAUCGCGGCAAGGGCAUCCCCACCCUGAGCUCCGUGGCCGACGAGAAGUCCGUAGCCAGAGCUGAAGCCGCUGGUCGGCCGAGCAACUGGGAAGAGCAACGACGGAGCUCAUACGCCGGCCGGCGAUCCAGGCGGAACAGCAUCACCGACGACUCGCAGCUGACGAUCGAGAACUUCGGCGGGUCUCAGGAUAAUUUACACAAUUUUGGUAGAAAUCCGGAUAAAGAAGUAGGGGCGCACAUCGGCAAGCGAAGCACCACCGAGCCGACGUUGCCCGCGCGAUCCAGCGUCCAGGACGUGUACGGCAGCGGUGUGCAGCAUAUACUGUCGGACAACGGUUACGGGACCGGCGAGGAGCCGUCGAGGCUGCGACGGCAAGCCUCCAAUUCCAGUCUGGAUAACGUCGCUCUCAGGCAGAUCUUACAUUCCAGCGAGAACGACGGCGCGGAAGGCGGCGGCGAGGCGAUGGCGGCAAAAAUGGCCAGCUUCGCGAACCUGAGCAGGCAGAGCUCGGAGAAGGGGAUCAAUUUCACGUACAUGGAGCAGGAGCGGGAGGACACAGCCGCCAAGUCGAGCCUCACGAUGAAGAAGCACGGCCAGAGCAACGGCAACGGCGAGAAGAAAACCACCUUUGCUACGUUGCCCAACACAACCACGUGGCAGCAGCAGAGCAGCCAGCAGUCGCAGCAGAUGGAGCAACAUUCUGUCGAUGAGAACGGUGGCAAUACUGUGAUGGCCUCGCAGCUGAACAACAUCCGGCUCAAGCUGGAGGAGAAACGACGACACAUCGAGAACGAGAAGCGGCGGAUGGAGGUGGUGAUGUCGAAGCAACGGCAGAAGGUGGGCAAGGCGGCGUUUCUGCAAGCGGUCACGAAGGGUAAGGUUAAAUCUCCCUCUUCGUCAACGUCCGGGGGGGACAGUCCGGCCGAGAUCGGUCCCCCCACUCCUGUAACCUCCGGAUCUUCCGGGGAGACCCCGACGAGCGUUUCCGAGGCGUCCUCUGUACCCCAACAACCCCCUCAAGAAAAACCACAGAGACCCUUCUCGCUCAAGGAAAUUAGCGAGGAUGUGCGGGACGUCGAGCACAAGUGGCUGGAGCACGACGGUAACGCGCCGUUCAUCGAAACCAGACGCACCCCGGACAUCGAGAACAUGGAUCCCGAACAGUACCGUCAAUCUAUAACGCAAAUGAACAACAGCCUGAGCGAGAUCCAAGCGGACAUUCAGCGCCUGACAAGCCAGCAGAAUCAGAUCCAGCAACAGCACCUGAUGACGCAGCACCAGAAGCAGAUGCAGCAGCAGCUCCAGCAGCUGCAGAGCCUCAGCCAGCAGCACAUGCAGAGCUACGGAAUGCCGCCGCCGAUCAAUCCGCUGACGCCUCGACUACAGGAUACCCAACAGUCGCAGUUCUACCUGCACGACCAGCCGCAGAUGCAGAGGAGAAUGUGGGGUCAGCCGCCGCCACCCCAGAGCUUGGCUAAUGAGAUGGCGGCGGUCGGUUAUCAGCAGUCCAUGGAUUCUCGAUUUAGUCCCCAACCUGCCGCUUAUCAGCAGGACAUGCGCAUGUACGCGGACCCCACGAGGACUUGGGCGGCGCCGCACCCGACGCAGAAGGGGUUCGUUUUGCACGACACUCAGGAACCGAGGUACCUCAACGGUGGGGAUCAUAGUCUGUGUAAUAAUCAAAUGAGCCACCCCGGCCCCACGUAUCCGGCGUCUUCAUCGCUCUUCAACCAAACACAAGCCUCAUCAGCUAGUCCACAGCAUCGUAACGCCGUUCAUCGAAUAAGUCAGUUAAUUAGUGAAAGCCCCGAACCCAAGAGAUCGACUGUACAUCAUAUCCCGAUCUCAUGUGAAAGCCCGACGGAGAAGAGGCAGGUGACCGCCUUGCACACUCCGGUACCAGCCCCGCCCGCCGAUGACAUGAAGCCCCAGAAUAUAUCCUUUAUCGGCAACGACGACGAUAUCGCGCAAGGCAUUCGCGGCUUGAACAUUACGUCGGGCAGUCGUACGUAUAGAAUACCAUCGCCGACCAGACCCACAAUAUCGCAGAACUCCUUCCAACCUCAUCCGUCAUUGAGAGAAGCAGCUUCGUCACGUUCGGCGACUCCAGACGUCACACCUCUCGAUCCCACGGACGCGGGCGAGAAAGGGUUCUACAUAUCCUUCGACAAUGACACCCCCAAGAAGCCGAAGCCGACCCUCAGAGUGAAGAGAUCGUCACCCAAGAAGGACCGGAGCGUGUCGUCGUAUAUCGAGCACGAAGACUUCACAGUGCGGUCGGAAUCGCCUCCCGCCAGCGCAGUCGAGAGGCAGAAACAGUUGGAGGCUCAACGGGAGCUGGAGCGGGAACGAAUGCGGCAAGCCGAGGAGAGAGAACACCAGAGGCAAGAGAUGAGAGACAGGGAGCUCAAGCGGGAGAUGGAGAGGAAACGGCAGAGGGAGAAACAGCGAGACGGCAGUGCGGAAGGCCGACACUCCUCCGGGGUUGGUCUGGUCAUCGGCAACCAGCUCACGAAUCCCGAUCCGAAUUCCAUGGACGAGAUGGAGAAGAAGAAAGAGAGGAUAAUGCUGCUGUCGCUGCAGAGAAGACAGAGGCAAGAGGAGAUGAAGGAACGAAAGGAAGCCGAGGCCCAAGCGCGCCGGGAACAGGAGAAGCUGAAGGCGGAGGAAAGAGCGCGCAAGAAAGAGGAAGAACGACAGAGAAGAGCCGCUAUCUUGGAGCAUCAUAAGGUGAAGAAGGCGAUAGAGGAAGCGGAGAGAGAAGGUAAGGUAAUUGAUAAGGAGCUCCUGAAUGCAAUAAAUCCAGCGAAAUUACGUAACAAGACUGCAACCGCUCGACCACGACCGAAAACGAUUCACGGCGACGCUGGCGCGGUGUUGGAUUCCGGGGCGCUCACACCUAGUCGCGGGAAGAAGGGUUCUUCUUCCAACCUAAGUACAGCGUCGCUGACCUCUCCGACGAUGAGGCGAGACUACUACCGAGGCUCGCAGGAUAGUCUCACUGCUGCCCAUCUCGAUGACCGGCGUUCCGGCCCUCUUUAUCGGGGCGGCAGUCUCAGGGUAUCUUCCGUAGAUUCUCCCGACGACGGUAGGGGCUCCUCGCCAUGUCGCAGCGUGAACCAGCUCGGUCGACGCGGCUCCUACAAGACUUCGAGAGAUGCGCAGGAGUCUCAGCAACAGGUUAGAGGCAGGCCUAAAUACCAGACUUACCAAAACUUUAAGGGGAGAAAGUCUAAUUCCCUGAUGAAUUUGUGCGAUUCGGACAGCGGCCUGGGCAGAUCGACGCCGCCGAGACGAGCCGCCAGUCCGGGCAUAGGCAGCAUGAGGCACCUGACGUCACCCUCGGGACCUGGCUCGCUACCACCAGCCUUGAUGACGUCCAAGAAGAGGGUGUACGACGACGGCAGCAGCGACAUCAGCAGCACGCCCAGCUCGAUGAUGGAUUACAACGGCCCGCGACUGUAUAAACUGCCGAUAGCGAAGUCGAAUCGCAACAUUAUGCUGAACGCCGUGGAGUACUGCGUCUUCCCCGGAACGGUAAACAAGGAGGCCAAGUCGAGAGUUUUGGAAGAGAUCGGGAGGUCCGAGAGCAAGCACUUUCUCAUCUUGUUUCGGGACGCCGGCUGCCAAUUCCGCGCUCUCUAUUCCUACUGUCCCGAGAGGGAGGAAGUAGCCAAGUUGUACGGUACUGGGCCCAAGCAAGUCAUUGAUAAUAUGUUUGACAAGUUUUUCAAAUACAAUUCCAGCGGAAAGUGCUUUUCGCAAGUGCAUACGAAGCAUCUGACUGUGACCAUAGAUGCCUUUACGAUACACAACAGCCUCUGGCAAGGGAAGAAGGUGAAUCUACCGAACAAGAAGGACAUACCGCUCGUCAUAUAGUUUUACAACAAGUGGUUCACACACUUAACAUUACCGCUACCGUGCCCUCUGUUGUUCAUAUAGUUACUAUUUUAAUACAGGCCCAUAUUAAAUUAAUGCGAACGUUGCGUUCUUAGUCAAUUUUAUAAGGACAAUUGAUCGGUGCUGACCCCUAUGUAUGUAGAGAAGAGAGAGAAAGAACUGCAUUUCGGCGCAUCGGCGCGCGAUCCUCAUUCUUCUUGUAACGAUCGCACACUGGUCUCCGAGGGUUAUGAUGAAAGCGGGGGAUGAGAGAGAGAGACGGACGUUGUUACUAGGGAGGUGGGGAAGGGGGGAGGAGAGAGAGAGAGAGAGAGAGAGA